AUGUCGUCUUCCUCUGAGAAUGCCUCUCUCAGAACUCAGCUGGCUGCCAAGGAGGAGUAUAUUCAACAUCUUUUGAGCCUCAUUCCAUCCACUUCGACUCCUGCACCUGCUGCUGAUGCAGAUACUCAGCUUGCUCCUGCUACUGUUGAGGACUCGGAUGACUCUGUGGAUUCUGGUGGCUCUUUGGUGUUUUAG